UUUUACACAGUUGAGUGAAAUAAGGGAGCGUUAUUUUGACUGUCAAAAAGUUCUGGCCAAAUUUUUAAGAAUGCAGAUCGACAAGUCAUUUCAUCCCAAAUCGCCGACUGUAGCUGGCAUUAGCUGGCAUUGAAACUGACCAUUGAGUAUCGUCAAGACUUUAGAUGAAACAAUCGAAAACUAAACAAAAACUUAGUACAGAGGGGGGCAGAGGGGGGCAAAUAUCUGCAUCUGGCCUCUGAAUCGUAUAAUUAUGGAUUUUUACACAGUUGAGUGAAAUAAGGGAACGUUAUUUUGACUGUCAAAAAGUUCCGGCAAAUUGAAUACUGCAGCUAUCGACCAGUCGAUCACUGUCUUAUGUUAACACUUUACGUCGGCAGCUUGUGAAUCAGGAUCCCAUCGGAUGGCCCAAGACCUAGAAAUAUAUUGAUUCAUCGGCUGCAGUUACGGUAAAAGUAACUAUGGGAUAUUUGAUAUCUGAAAUUUCGUAUUGUAAAACAAAUUCUUUGUAAAACUUAAUAUUUAAAAGGUGAUGUUUGUCAUGAUUUUCAUUUGAAUUUCGUCGAUAAGUAUUUGGUAAGAGAAAAUUGACAGUAGCCUUCCUACAAAAGUUCUGCAAUGUCAUAUCGUCAUAUCAAACUUAGCAAGAUGAAAGCGACAUUUACAAAGUCGACCAAGGAUGAACCCAAGAAAUUGUCCUAACUUUGGAGUGCUUAAUAAUGAAGAGUAGAAGGCUCACAAACAGGAAUAGUAGAUUGGGACUACUUGCGUAGGCCCGGAAAGAAGAAGAAGGAUCGCCAUGCGAUUGAAAAAGCGAUUGAACUACGUAAGCCAGUCUUAGGCUCUGGACUCGGUAAGUUCGAUCUGAAGAAGACAUAUUGCGAUACAACAUGCCGAGUUGUAACAAAAAGUUGCGAGAGUCGCCAACACUAAGGACCAAGCCGUACAUGCGACAAUAUCGUGAUGGUGCGCAAAACGAGAAAACGGACUGGCCGCCAUAUUCGAAGAAAAUUCCGGAUGUGAAGCAGCCGCCAUAUUUUGGAAGAAAAAGCCUGCGCAGGCGCUGUAAGUGCUUGGACAGGAUUACAUGCGCGAAAACUGAAUUUGUACUUAGUACGGCUAGCUUAUUAUGAAAAACGAAGUAGAAGUAUCGCAGCUCUCAUCAAGUGGCAAAGCAAUGACAGGAGAGAGUGGCAACAGAAGGAAUGAAGUCUCAUCAAGUGGCAAUGCAAUGACAGGAGAGAGUGGCAACAGAAGGAAUGUAGUAGGAUUGCAGCUCUCAUCGAGUGGCAUGCCAGGGAUGCAAGAAAGUGGUUCCAGGAGGAAUGCAGUAGGAUUGCAGCUCUCAUCGAGUGGCAAGCCAGUGACGCAAGAAAGUGGUUCCAUGGUGGAGAUAGAACGCUUCGUUGAAAACCUUGAGGUCGUUAUUCCCGAAGAGCCGUGACCGGCAUUCCAAUUCUUUAAUGACGUAUCCCAAUUAAGAAUUAAGAAUAAGGAGUGUCUCUUUUUUGUUUUGACAAUAUUUAUAUAAAUUUUAUUAGAUCCAAAAUUAAUAAGAAAUAAAUCACGCAAGUAACAAAAUAUUCAUUUCAUACUAUUCUAUUCCGAUUGGUGUAAAAUUAUGUUUGUCACUCAUUAAAAUGACUGUAUUUCUGACUA